GCAAAGCUAAAACUUCUGACAAUAAGUAACCUCGACAUGAAAACACAAGUGAUACUGUGGAGGUGGAGUGAAAUGUGUUUUUGUGAAAGUGUAAAACCGAAUGGGGGGGAAAAAAAAUCUACUCUUGAACCACUAAAACUUUCAGAGCACCUUCACAGUUCCUGUCUGAAGCCUUUGCAGAUUCUGCAGAAAUGCCACUUGGAUUAAUAUGAUUAUCCUGAGCGUUUAUUUAAAAUACAAAUCAUCAAACAAGUUUUAUCCUUUAUGUUGCUCACGUGCAUGUUAAAUCCGAGAAGCCACAUACAAAUAGCUGGCGGGGUAGUUUUAUUACAAGACAAACCGGGCGAGCCGUUUCUUAUCGUUAGCCCUUCUUAGCUAAGCUAACUAACUGUUACCUGCUGACUGCUAAGCUGGCUCUCUAACUUUGACUUAAAGAAGGGAAAUGUCUUGCUUGAAAUGUCCAAAUAUUCUUUUUUACAAACGUUAAAAACUAGUUGUGAAAAGAUAGUUUUAAUUGACCUUGAUCAUUGGGGGCUGUGAAAUGUGUUAGUAUUCAAACAAAAAGGUAUUUCAGAAUUAAUGCAAGUAAUAACAGGCGUUGAACAGAAGAUCUAGAUAGAAGAUAAACACAAGACAAAUAAGAAAAAGACUUUUUUCACUCAUGUUAGGAUGAAUUCUCAAAAUUAAUUGCUUAAAAUUUCCCCAUAAUUGCUAUAUUAACAUAAACAACACAAGUAGUGUUUCUGUCAACCCCUUUAUUUGUUGUUUGCUGCACUAAAAGAGUAGCAACAGACAAAACCUGAUCUGAGUACUGUGGCAGGUUUGACUAUCCUGUUUAGAAUAAAAUGUAAAGUAUUGCACAUGUCAGUUGAGAAAAGAAUGACAGGUGUAUGAAUAUUUUCAGUUUAGAGGUGACCUUUUUACUGAAGGAAGUGCUCAAAGACAGAAAAUAAAUGAACAGUCAUUGUGCUUCUUCCAGCUGUAUCUGAACAAAAACUGGGUAUAUAUAAUCAUGGAAACAGUUUCUUUAAUUGACAGUAAAAAUUAAAACAUACUUUAAAAUAAUUCUAAUCUUACAACAAUGAUCUACAUGUGACUCAUCUGCCCUCAUGCCUGUAGGCCAUUUGUCACCAAAAAUUACCCUCCUCAGCAAGAAAUGACUGCGAUUGGUGUUUUCCCAAAUGCAUUUCAAGCCAAAAAUAAAUUGAUGACUAAUCAUAAGUGUGGUUUAGACUUUGCACAAGAAACACACUUCACUUCCAUUUACACUGACUAAAUUAUUCCAGCCGCCAUGUCUUCCCUGCUGGUCUUCUGCUCGGUAUGUUUGACUAGCUUCAUAGAAGAUCAGCGUCAAUCAGAUGUCCUCCAUAAAGCCUGAAUACAUAGAUUGUACCAAAGGACCAGAAGGCCACACCCCUUUGUCUCCCUGCUGCUUUAGUAUGUUUGGACGUCAUGUGCUUGCAUAGCUGAAAAGGAGGAAGAAAGCCCAGACAAGCCACAGGACGCCCCAACCUCCAGUGACAUCACAUCAUGUCAUUUCGCGUGCCUGUGAGGACGCACACGGCUCAGGUAAAACAGGUUCAGUGACAUUCUGCUUGUCUUUCCUCCUCCUUUCUUGUUUUAUAGUCUUCCUCCUCCAUGUGUAUUUACACCAAACAGUAUCAGCAUACGCUUUAACUGAUACUGCUUCUGCCAAGCUGAUCAUGGACUACUCUCAACCUUUCUCAGUCCUCAAUGAGAGGCUGAAACCCCAAUGUGCCGCCAGUGAGCUUCUCUACUCUUCCCUGACCAGACUGGAAGAGCCGGACUCACUCAGGAGCAAGCCCACAUCUUACCGACCAACUGUUCUGCUGACAGAACCAGCACCAGAAAUCUCCAUAACAGAACAAGAAGAAACCAGCGCAGAACAAGAUGGUUUGAGCUUUGAUGAAACAGAAGGAAACUGUGCUGAUUUUUUGGGCAAUGACUUUCAUGACUCAUACCUUAUCAGUGAUUUGAAUUUGAAAGAUGAGGAUGAAGAUGAACUGGUUAACAACGACAAUGGUGCCACACAGACUGAGGAGGAAAAAAGUCUAGGUGAAGUGGCCUCUGAUGAGAAAAGAGACUCUCCAAAGUCUGACGCAGUGGCUGGUGUUGGACGAAGCUCCUUCCAGAGGUGCUUCAUGGAUGGGACCUUACCAGAUUUGAUUAAGACUGGCAGGGUGCUCAGCAGACGCAGGACAUUGGGACACGUCUCAGACACGCUUAAAGAAGUGCGCAGAGAAGUGGAACUUUCUCGGAGGCGAAGCAUCAAGCUUAAACUUCAGGUGGACAAACUACAGGAGAACAGGGAUGGACCUGGUUGGAGCCAUCACAGAGAGAAGGUUACAGAGGAAGUUUUGUCCAUUCUGAGGCUUCUGCACCCACUGACAGACCCAGGGUCCAGCCAGCCUGAACCCAGUGCUGGGGAAAACUGCCUGGAUGAUACCCUGGCCCAGCUGCAGAAUGUUGCCCGCAAAUUGGCAAUCAGCCACACCAAACAGGACUUUAAAUCUGUAAAAAAUAGAGCAGAAGACAGCGCUAUUCUUCAGCAGGCACUGAGGGACAGAGACGAAGCCAUAGAGAAGAAGAAGGCGAUGGAGGUUGAAGUGCUGCGGAGUAAGACAGAAAUGAUGGCGCUUAACAAUCAACUUCUGGAGGCUGCACAGAAACGUCUAGAGCUAUCGCUGGAGCUCGAGGCCUGGAAGGAGGACUUUCAACAGAUCCUCCAGCAGCAGCUGCUUAGUCAGCAGCAGGCAGAACAGGCCCAAAGGAAAUCUUCUGGGUUCGGUCUCCUGAGGAGAAACAACAAACCACCCAUCCAGCGACCGGCUAACUUUCCACUGCCUGCACCUACUCCUCCGACAACCAACUCUAGCCAAAUCUUCAUGAACAAAUCUGCAGGGUCUGUCACUCCCACUCCCACUCCCCCUUCCUCUUCCUCUUCCUCUUCAAGAAUGUCUCCGUCUUCCAUCGGCACACGCACCUGGAGGGAUAAGCUGAAGAAGCGCAAGAGCAUUCGCUCUGAAGACCAAGAUGCAGCCGAGCGAGAAAUGUGGAGCAGAGGCGAUGGCGGCUUCCAGGUUGUGUCACUCGACUGAAUCAGAGAUGAUUUUAAACCAUUAAAACUUCUUGUGAUAAGCAGCUCUUACAUGCUGCUUUCUGAAGGGACAGAAUGAUGGGUAUCCAGUUUGGCCCUCAAAGCCAUUCUUAUUUGAAUCUGCCCAAAGGGGAAAGUUUCUCUGAGUCUUUAGCUCAUAUGUGAGCGGGACUUUGUGACAACUAUUAGGCAGGCAGUCAGGUAAACAGCCUGCAGCUGACAGAGGAAUAUGAAAAAGCUCCAGAGUACAAACAGAAAAUUGACAUUUUACUUAAACGGGAGACAUCUUGUGUCCCACAGUUACACUUCAGUGAGCAAAAUUGGUAUGUUCAUUGUUUCUUUAUUUCUGAAUGAAGGAGAAGGCGUUACUGCCACUUAAACUAAUUUAAAUGAAGUCAUUGAAGCUUUCUCUGUGUAAAAACAUUGCAGAGUGGUAAUGUGAACCAUUUUAUAUAUAUUUAAACAAAAGGAGAUUUUGUGUAUAUUCUUGGGUCAUGUGCUUUGAACCUUUUAUGUGCGAAAUAUAACUGAAUGUAAAUGUUAAAUAAUGUAUCUUAAAUUCUUGAUACUCUAUUGGAUCUUGUUCUAUGUAAAUAAAUGAAGACUUACA